UGGCGACAAUACAGUGGAAUGGAUAUCUCUCAGACGGAAUAUGAGAGGUUGUUUGGGACUCUGAACGAAAACCAAACCAACGCUUUGACCACCACAAAUGAUUGCGUUCUUGAAAUCGUUGCUGGUCCGGGAACGGGCAAAACCAAGUUACUCGUUUCCCGUGUCGCCUAUCUACUUCUCAACCACAAACUUCCAGCCUCUGGAAUUAUUGUGACAACUUUCACGAAAAAAGCUGCUAACGAAAUGAUAGAGCGUCUUUCUUCGGUGUUAAAGAAUUAUGAUGGCAUUAAUCUCAAGCAAUUACAAAUAGGAACGUUCCACUCUAUAUGCUUUGGUUAUUUAAAAUUCUUUGGAAAAAGUAUUGGACUUAACAAAUUUACCAUAGCGGAUAACAAAGAUCAGAAGGACGUACUUCUUAAAGCCAUAAACUCUUUGGGACUAGAAGACGUAAAGACCGACAAAUCUUCGAUUAAACGCGUCCAAAGUUACAUUUCUCAGCAGAAAUCUCUAGGUCUACAUCCAGAGGAUGUCACUAUUGCUGAUCCGAGUGAUCGAAUAGAAGCACAGCAUUUUCAAGUAUACUCGGAAUACCAAAAAAUUUUGAAGCAAAAUGCUUUAAUUGAUUUUGACGAUAUUUUAGUACAUACAUACAAGCUUUUAACUAUUCGACCGGAAUGCGUUUCGCAUGUGAAACACAUACUAGUUGAUGAAUUCCAGGAUACCAACACCAUUCAACUAAAACUAAUAUUCAAAUUCACACAGUAUUGUAAGGACAAUAUAACCAUUGUCGGAGAUGCAGAUCAGAAAGAUAAGAUUUUGUUGUCUAACAAUAAUAAGGAGGAUCCGGUCCAUUAUAUUUGCCAUAAGUCACAUGAUGACGAGUCUAUUUUUAUUGCUGACAAAAUCUCAAACGUGAUGAACGAUAGCGACAAUAGUUAUACUCCAAAAGAUUUUGCUAUAAUUGUUAGAGUUUCGAGAACCUUUCUAUCGUUGGAGAGAGAAUUGACUCGGAAAGGGAUUCCCUAUAAAAUUGUGAAAGGCCAAUCUUUUUGGGAUUUGAAAGAGAUU